AUUCAGGCCACACGGACAGGAAUCAUACAGCUGCUGGUGUAAGACAGGACUACAUUUCCCAUCAGGCCUGUGGGGCGCGUCAAUUUUCCCUUUUCAGCAGCGUUUUCUUGAUUUGCAGCUGCAGCAGCUGGAAGGACGCGUCAGUGAGCGACAGCAAACAGAAACAUUGGAGAAAUCUGGAGGUUUUGAUAGUGUAUUUAAUGUAACAACGCUGGAUUUUUUUUUUUACACAGUUGUCUACAUUAAGUAUUUGGAGUGUACUUUUUAAGACUUUUGGGAUCCCCUGUGCGCAAAAACUGCGUAAAAGUUUGUUGGAUCGCAUAUUUUCAGCAUCUGUUUGGGAGAUUCCCGCUUUGGCUGAAGCACCUGGACGGACAGGAGUGAAUCUGCAGCUGACUGAGCUCAGCAGCAUCAGACUGAGGCUUCAGUUGGACGGAGCCUCCGCUGCCAACGCCUUUCCCUCCUCUCUCUCACCGCCGGCAGGGAAACUUCAGCUCCACGCCGAGCCGGCAGCAGUUGGACGGUGUUUCCCUUCAGCCGAUGAGCAGCUGAAAGCCGCAGUUUGACUCUAAGAAGUUGUUAAAGAUCAGAAAAAAUGGGCUGCACGAUCAGCGCCGAGGACAAAGCUGCGGUGGAGAGGAGUAAAAUGAUUGAUAAAAACCUGCGAGAAGACAGAGAGAAAUCCUCCAGGGAGGUGAAGCUGCUUCUGCUCGGUGCAGGAGAAUCUGGGAAAAGCACAAUAGUAAAGCAGAUGAAAAUCAUUCAUGAGGACGGAUACUCAGAAGAGGAAUGCAAGCAGUACAAAGUGGUGGUUUACAGCAACACCAUCCAGUCCAUCAUGGCCAUCAUCAGGGCCAUGGGCCAGCUGAAGAUAGACUUCGGGGACGCCACACGGGCGGACGAUGCUCGCCAGCUGUUUGCCCUGGCAAGCUCGGCGGAGGAAGGAGUGAUGUCUGCAGAGCUGACCGGCGUGAUUCGGAGGCUGUGGAACGACGGCGGAGUUCAGGCCUGCUUCGAUCGAUCACGAGAAUAUCAGCUCAAUGACUCCGCUGCGUAUUACCUGAAUGACCUGGAGAGGAUCUGCCAGCCCAACUACGUCCCGACUCAGCAGGACGUUUUGCGCACGCGUGUGAAGACGACCGGCAUCGUGGAAACUCACUUCACCUUCAAAGAUCUCUACUUCAAGAUGUUCGACGUUGGAGGUCAGCGCUCAGAGAGGAAGAAGUGGAUCCAUUGUUUUGAGGGAGUCACGGCCAUCAUUUUCUGUGUAGCGCUCAGCGACUACGACCUCGUUUUGGCUGAGGACGAGGAGAUGAACCGGAUGCACGAGAGCAUGAAGCUGUUCGACUCCAUCUGCAACAACAAGUGGUUCACUCUCACCUCCAUCAUCCUCUUCCUCAACAAGAAGGACUUGUUUGAAGAGAAGAUCAGCAGGAGUCCGCUCACAAUCUGCUACCCUGAGUACUCUGGCGGCCACUCGUACGAAGAGGCAGCAGCUUACAUCCAGUGCCAGUUUGAAGACCUGAAUAAAAGAAAGGACACCAAGGAGAUCUACACUCACUUCACUUGUGCCACAGACACCAAGAAUGUGCAGUUUGUGUUCGACGCCGUCACCGACGUCAUCAUCAAGAUCAACCUGAGGGAGAUCGGCCUCUACUGAGGCUCCAGCUGCCUCCCAGGUUUCAGAAGAUUCAGGACUUCUGGAGUGUUUUUCUGCAGAGAGCGAAUUGGAAAGUAGGUGUUUUAAGGACUAAGCUGGUGGCCGAGGUGCAUAGAAAUUGCGCUAAAUUCGGGGACUUGCAACUACGAUCACUUUUGUCUUAAUAGAUUUUACGAUGCUGAGCGCUCUGGGAGGAAGUAAGUCGGGGAGGCUGGUGGAAAUGAUCGCUGUGAGUCGUAUUUAAGAUCUUUGCGGGCAGGUGAAGCCACUCUCUUUUAUAGUCUGUCGUCUGCACAAGGACCAAAACAAACCGCUGCAGCUCACAGUUUCACAGCUAAAAUGUAAAUUCUGUUCACCCCCUUCUGUUGUGUUGCAUUUUCUCUUAGCUGUAAGUCUGUAUCACAUUGCUUUUAUUGAGUAUUUGUUAUAUUUUAUUAUAAUUUUAGUUGCAAUUACCUAGUAUUUCCACUUUUGGAUGUAUGAAUGCCAUAACUUAUGUAGAGGAAAGAGUUUUGUGUGUAAUGUACAGAAUAUGAUGUAGCCAUUUGGGUCUGGGGUUAGUAAACUAGACUCUAAUGAAUUCAGUAGCAACAUGCUGUCUGCAUAAUUAUUCUGAUUUUAACUCCACCACAUUGUACUGAAACAAUACUUUCAUUCUUCAGCUUGUGAAGGGACAUCUUGAUCUUUCUGUGUGUUUUUACUUUUCAUCAGACUUUAAAUACGACUAAUAUCCAAUCACUGGAGGUCAACGUAGAAUCAGUUUUUAUUGCAGGCUAAGUUUUAAAUCCUGUGGAUAUUAGUGGAGAAACAAAGAUUUUAAACAUAUAAAGCGGGAUUAGAGUUUGAUAUAGCCACAGGCCUUAUUUGUGUUCUUUGGCCGUAGCCUUCACAGAAUUCUGAGGGAGUCUGUUGCUGUUCCGAUCUGCAGUGAGCACAGCUUAGAUCAGUCACUUCCUGCACAGACAGUCCUGCUAGUUCCCCAGAAUGUUUGAGGAGUUUUACUGGCUCAUUUUGACAUCAUUAAAUGAUGGCACAAAGA